CAUUUCAAUACGCAAAUGUUAUUCCUAAACUCUGUAGCGUUUGUAUAUGUUGUUAUCACAGGACUGGUGGAGCUCUUCAAAAGAGCAAAUGGCUGGACACAUUACCAGCUGUUGGUCUGGAGGAGACUGUUCAUGACAUUGAUGAUGGACACAAUUCCUCAGAAGUGAUACCACCGCUACCAGAGAAGACCCAAGUCCUCUGCAAGGAAGAUAUAAUUGGACAACCAGCUUCCAUUGUCUACCAUAGCUGUCUUAAACAGCUGGCUCAGUAUCUCGUCGUACCAAUCCCCAAGUGCAACACAAAGGACCCAGUAACUGAUGCUGAAUGUGGAGCACUUAGACCAUUUGAAGUGAAAAUAACUUCCAGGGGCACAUCAGUUGUCGUGGAAUGGGUGAGUACUUGGUUAGCAAUAAAGACAUACUGUAGGAUCAGAUAUUUCACUUUGAGGGCAUAGUUUACACAUGCUUGUUAAUUAUUAUCUAUUUAAUGACAGCUACUGUUCUGUGCUGUGUUGCUCUUUUUUAAUUUUUCAGAUAUGUCAUCAGGGUCACAGUGUCUGGAGGUGGAACUCCCAGCCCACUCUAAAAUAUGGCAUGCAUGCAGGUGACUUCAUGUUGUCCUCGAACAUCCUCCUCUCUGGGAACAACUACGGGAAGGUGGCUCUGCUGUUCAAAUUCAUGAACUUGGGAAUAGUACAUAGAACAACAUUCUUUAAAAUCCAGGACGCCUACUGCGUUGACGCCAUCGAGGACUACUGGGAUGACAAGAGGUCAGCCAUUAUUACCCGGCUGAAAUCAAAGGACAGUGUAGUGGCCCUUGGUGACGGUCGUAUGGAUAGUCCUGGGUUUUCAGCACAGUACUGUACAUACACAACGAUGGACAACGACAGUAAAGAGAUCAUAUCGAUUGUCAAUAUUGAUAAGAGGGAGACCCAGAAGAAUUCUGUAAUCAUGGAGAAGGAGGCUUUCAUCCGGACCUUUGAGACUCUCCACCAAGAGAUUCGCCUACAAGAGUUUUGCACUGAUGCUCAUUCACAGAUCUCGGCGCUCUUCAAUCCAACAUAAGGCAGGUUCAAGGACUCUGGUGUUCGACACACCCUUGACAUCUGGCAUGGGUCAAAGAACUUGCGUAAAAAAAUCCAUGCAGUAAGUUCCUGACUUCGAUUCUGUUAUUGGUCCUUGAUAAUAGAUUGUUAUAAUACUAAGUCAAACAACACAGUUUUUCCUACUUGAUUUCUACUCAUGUUGUUUAUGUUAAAACAACUUCUUUGAGAUGAUGAGCACAAUGACUGAAUUGUAAAGGUCUUGCCAUUUCCUGCCAUUCAGUUAUAAGCCAGGUGUCUAGCACACAGAUGGUGAUUACAUCAGGUUCCUGGUUCCAGAGAAUUUGCCAAAUCAACAUUGAUGACAAAGUCUGAGCUUUAUUUAAAGGCCCACUAUGCAACUUCGGGAAUUUCUUCGCUGUUUUCUUGGUUUUGGCACGCACAUUUCUCUACACAGCGCCCCCUACAGCUUCGUAGUCGAUAUUUUACAACACUGUGGUAACAACUCGUU